AUGGAUCCCUUCGCCACCUAUGCACACGUCGCCACCCCGCAGCAGUUCUGGGCCGAGCUCGAUGAGCUUCUAGACCAGCCGUCGGCAGCUACGGGCACCGUCGCCCUUUCGGAAGACCAGAAGAGGGACCACGCCGCUGCCGUCCUGCAGAGCUUCCUCGCCCUCUGCGACCACUGCUGGGACCAGAACCUCAGCAGCGCCUACAACCAAGACUACGCCAUCCAGCGCCUCUUUGAUUCUGCCGUCCUUCGCGACGAUGCCGACGCCCCUUCGCCCUCCGCAUCGCUGCCCAUGCGCCACUACCUCGUCGAAAAGGCGGUCAAGAUCGUUCAGACCGCCACCUCGAUUCCCGUCAUCCUCCUCUCCUACGAGAUCGUCCUGCAGUACGGCGAGAGCUAUCCGGAGACGUACAAGGUGCUCCAGGCCUCGGCAACCUCGGUGUCGUUUGCCGGCAUCCGUGCCUUUCUGCACCGCCUCGUCCAUCAGAUCUGGGCCGGCUCCUACGCCGCUCAGGCCGAAGCCAAGAUCGGCCCCUCGCACGACGAUGGCCCCGUCGGCUGGCCCGGCGCAGAUUGGAGCGAUGAGCGCGACGGCGAUGGACGGCCGCAGCCGCAGCUCUCUACCGCGGUGAUGAGGGGUAAGGUCGGUCCAGCAGCCUCUACGUCGGCAUCAAAGCUGCUCGCCCAGCAGAUCAGCCUGCGCGACAAGGCUGUCCAGAUGCUCUACGAGGUCUGCCGGGUGCAGAAGCUCGAGCCGUCGCACCUCAAGGCGUUCGACGAGCGCUUCAUCCACCACCUCUUUGACCUCGUCGAAGACACUCGGCUCCACCACGACGAGCGCUUCAACUACCAGCUGAUCAAACUCAUCGCGUCGAUCAACGAGCAGUACAUGGUCUCGGGCAUCGCCAUCGCCGCCGCUGCCGUCGCCCCUCUCUCGGGUCCCGGCCCAAAUGCCGCUGCCGACGCGGGUGGUGGAUCUGCGCCGCCGACGGGGAUGCGGCCAGUCAACCUGGUCAUCGACGUCCUCAAGUCGCGGCUCAACGCCUCCAAGACGUUUGGCGAGAACCUCAUCUUCAUGCUCAACCGCGCCUCGAGCUCGAACAAGGAAGACCUCUGCAUGCAGCUGCUGGUGCUCAAGCUCCUCUACCUCCUCUUUACCACAAAGGAGACGGCGUGCUACUUUUACACCAACGACCUCAAGGUGCUCGUCGACAUCUUUAUCCGCGAGCUGGCCGACCUGCCCGACGAGAGCGAGUCGCUGAGGCACACCUACCUCCGUGUCCUCCAUCCGCUCCUGACCAACACCCAGCUCUGCACCUACCCAUACAAGCGCCCGCAGAUCCGCAGGCUGCUCGUCGGCCUCAUCUCGCACGGCCACUUCAAGGAUGUCAGCGCCACGACGCGGCGGCUGGUCGAGAGGUGCCUGAGGGCAGAGUGGUGCGUCGAGCUCGACAACCUCGAUGGCACAUCGAGCAUCGCCACCGUGGCGCCCAUCGGCGGCGGCGAGACAAAGGAGAAGAAGAUGGAGACCGGCGUCACGACCGAGGGCCUGCCCAUGCUGAGCACCAAGAUCGAGGCCACAAAGGCGGACGACGCCACCGCAGUCAAGAUUGCCCACGCCCGCGACGAGUCGGAGCCGCAGCUGCCUCGUGACAGCAGCUCUGUGACUUCUCCGGUCUCGCCAGAGGAUCCCAAUCCUCCCGCCAGCAGCGCGCGGUCGGCCUCGCUGGCAGUGCCAGGGCAGAUCCGGUCGCGCAGCAAGCGCGUCCUGUCCCUCUCGCAUCCCAAGCCGAGCCUGGACUCGACCGACGAUGCAGGAAUGCAGCGGCUCCAUCCCGAGGCAUCGCGCCGGGUCGUGUCGGCCAAAUCAGCGCCGCCGACGCCGCCUCGCAUCGACUCCCCAGAUUUCGCGGGCGAUGACGACGACGGUUCCGAAGCCAUGUCGGCCUCGUCGUCGUGGCACGCUCACAUGGCCGACGUGCCUUCGAGGGGAGGAAAGCGGACGCUGUCGUCCUCGUCGUCCAACCCUGCCGCUGGCGACACGGCCCCGUCGACGCACCAUCCCUACCUGCAUCAUUCCAGCGUUGAGACCAUCGGCCACCCUCCCCGCAUCGGAUCGCCGCUCUCUUCGGACGCGACGUCCGAGCUCCUCCGAGCCAGUUUGGGACAGCGGAUGGAUGAGGACGCGGGGUCUGUGCCGCUCACGCAUGCAGCCCAUGCGGAUGCAAGGUCGUCGAUCGGCCGCGGACUGCCCAGCCUGCACAUCCGAACGGCGUCCAACGGCGAUCGGGAAGGCUCGGACCUCACGGUACGCAACGGCGAGUCGUUGGCCAGCAGCAACGCGAGAAGGCGGACGGAUUCACGCAGCUCGUCAAUGGAGCAGUCGGAUGGGUCUCAGAGUCACACGGGCUCUCCCCACCUUGCCAGUUCUCCAGCCUCGCUAGGACCGCCGCAGCGACGGCGGCCGCCAGAGCCGCCUUCCUCGAGCGGUGCGGCGACGGAUCAACAGGCCCGGCGAGCGCUGCAGCCGUCUUCGUCCGAUCCGAGCGCCAUGGUCGGCCGCGCUGCCUCACCGGCGCUAGGCGCGGCGUCGGGCCGGGGUCACCAUAGCUACGAGCCCCAGCGCGCAAGCUCAGACGGCCUCGACGAGCAUGACGGUGCGGCGAGCCGCUUCCUGUCGCCGCCGCACGAGGCCACGUUAAUGUCUUCGACCUCGUCGUCGGCCAGCUCGGCAUCGACGCAGCACCAGCAUCGCCGUCGACCGCCGCCACCACCGCCGGACCGUGCGAUGAAACCGGGCGUCCGCUCGUUUACCGCCACGCCAAGUCGCAACGGCACGCCGGACAGCGUGUCGUCGUCGUCGCAGGCCGAUUAUGGCCGAUCCAGGGAGGGAGAGACGGGCGACGAGAGGCGCGACUACCCCACGCCAGCGCAGCGGGAGCGCGUACAGCACCUGCGCGUCGCCACUGAGCCUGGUCCGUCGUCGCGCGGCGGAGCGAGGCUGGGUCGGGAGGAGGAGGCGGACCUCGACGAUGAACUGCUCCAGGAGCGGCACAAUCAGCUCGUCCGACAGAUGGCGGCCGCGCGUAUAGCCUAG